UUUUGUACGUUUCUCCUAUCGUGGGUACUUCUUGGAUGCGUAUUCCUGUAUAAAUAGCAAGCGGAGUUUUACCCUCGGCUCUCACUCAGAUCGUUUCGGAGUUUGACUCUCUGGAUUCUCUUCCACUUCUGAUCAUCAUUGACCGUUAUCCUGAAGAAAAUGGCGGAGCGGAAGCAAGAGGAAGUGGAGGUCAUUCACUCGUGGUCCGCUCCGAGAUCACUCAGUACCAGCCUUAUGUACUCAUUUGCACAGAGGGAUGACAUUGAAGUGCUUGAUGAGCCACUCUACGCAACUUUCCUUCGGGUAACAGGUGUUGAGAGGCCCUACCGAGAGGAGGUUCUAUCCAAGAUGGAAACUGAUGGAACUAAGGUUGUAAAAGAAAUCAUCUAUGGUUCAGGAGGAAAGAAGUACCGGUUUUGUAAGCAUAUUGCAAAACAACGUGUACCUGGUUUGCCGAAUGACUUGAUGAAGAAAGGAAAGCACUUUAUAUUGAUAAGAAAUCCUCUUCAUAUACUGUCAUCUUUUGACAAGGUUGUGCCUUCAACCUUUCUGGAGCUGGGUUUGGCAGAACUAGUCUCCAUAUACUGCGAGCUGUCUGCAUUAGGAAAGCCUCCACUUGUAAUCGAUGCAGAAGAUCUUCAACAGGAUCCUGAGGCUACUUUACAUGGUCUUUGUGAAGAAUUGGGUAUUCCAUUUCAAGCCUCAAUGCUUAGAUGGGAGAGUGGUCCAAAACUAAUAGAUGGGAUUUGGGCCCCUUGGUGGUACAAGAGCGUUCAUAAAUCAACAGGUUUUGCACCUCCAAGGAGGUAUCCUGCACCAUUUUGCUUCUCAUUGUAUGAAUUGCUGGAGCAAAGCUUACCCUUCUACAACACACUUAGGCGCCAUGUGAGGCAUAAAUCAUCGCUUUUGAAGAGCCCCUUACCUCCACCUGAUCUUCCAGUUCCAGCAAAUGAGAAGCUACUUGCAUGGGUUGCUGAUGAGAUUUUACCUCGUGAGAGUGCGAAGGUUUCUGUAUUUGAUUCCGUUGUUCAAGGCGGUGAUUCAGUAUGGGAAGGACUUCGAAUUUACAACGGGAAGAUAUUUAAACUUGAGGAACAUUUAGAUAGGUUGUUUGAUUCGGCAAAGGCUCUGGCAUUCAGAAACAUUCCUAGUCGUGAAGAGGUCAAAGAGGCUAUAUUUAGAACUCUCAAUGUCAAUGGAAUGUUUGAUAACACACACAUCCGGUUGUCACUUACCCGUGGGAAAAAGGUCACUUCUGGGAUGAGCCCAGCAUUCAAUCGUUAUGGUUGUACUUUAAUAGUGCUUCCAGAAUGGAAACCCCCUGUCUAUGACAACAUCAGUGGUAUUACUCUGGUGACAGCUACAACGCGUCGUAAUUCACCAAAUAAUUUGGAUUCCAAGAUACACCACAACAAUCUUCUGAACAAUAUAUUAGCAAAGGUAGAAGGAAAUAAUGCACAUGCUGAUGAUGCAAUCAUGCUUGACAAGGAUGGUUUUGUAUCUGAAACAAAUGCUACAAACAUUUUUAUGGUGAAGAAAGACCGUGUGCUGACACCUCAUGCUGAUUACUGCCUUCCUGGUAUUACCAGAGCCACUGUUAUGGACCUUGUGGUGAGUGAAAAUUUAGUCCUGGAGGAGCGAAGGAUCAGCUUAUCAGAAUUCCAUACUGCAGAUGAGGUAUGGACAACAGGGACAAUGGGAGAACUAAGCCCGGUUGUGAAGAUUGAUGAGCGCAUAAUUGGUGACGGAAAAGUGGGACCUGUGACUCAAAGAUUGCAAAAGGCGUACAAGAAGCUGACAGAAGAAUCAGGCGUGCCUAUACCAUCCUACCAAGAAACUUGAACAAGAUAGGUACCUCUAAAGCAGGUUAAUCAUCAAAGUUGGACACGCGAAAAUUGAAGAUGAAAAGAACUGCCUCUGGAACAAUAAUAAAAGUCGAGCAUAUGGAGUUGCAUUUCCUCCAUUUUCCUCAAAUGGGCGGUCAGAGGCUUAUUGUAUUCAAGUUCUAAUUUAUCUCAUUUUUUAAGAUUCAUCGACAGAAAUAAUGGAAUUAAAAUUGUUCAGCAACGAAUCACGUUGAUAUAAACAUUAUCUUUAACCAAUAUUAUGUUUGAUAUUUUAAUGUUUGAAUAAAUUUAGUUCAGGA